GGCUGUCCGCUGUCGCGGCCGCGCCCCUCCCUCCGUCCCUCCUCCCUGGAGCCCCGCCGCGGAGGAGUUGGGAUCCUCCACCCGAGCCGUCCGGGUUUUCCUGCUCCUCUCUUUUGGAAACGGGAGUGGUGGAGGGAGGCAGCGAGGCUGCAGAGGAGAGGCCCGCCAAGUCGGCCCGCCUGCAAAGUGUUGCUUUGACACAUCCCUAUUAUGGAAGUUAAGUGAAAAAACUCUGGACGUGGAGCUGCUACCGAGAAGGAGACCCGGGGAAUCAACCCAGUGGGCUGGCCAAUGGUUUUUCGGCAGCGCGCUGGCAAGUUUGUGGAACACUUUCUAGGAAUUAGGUCUUUUUCCUCCCCCUUCAUCUUCUUGACUUCUGAAGAAAGAACUUGGCUUUGGAUUGCAAUGGAGCCUAAGCAGAGAGCGUUAGACACACUUGAAUAAUCCCUCCGGCUGGGCUGAAUUUGUGGGAAUUUCGAAAGCCUGAGCGUGGAAAUACAGCAAGCUGUGGAGUACCUGCUGUUAAUUUGGAUGGAUCUAGAUGUGCCCCAUUCAAGCCUCUUCACCUACCCCCUCUGAUCUUGCAAUAUGUUCUUCAUGACUUUAAUUAGCAUCUAGGAAAGUCUAAACUUUGGACCUACCUCUUUUUUUGAUACUUAUUUUUGUACUUUUGCUCUCUGGGAUUGAUUUCUUAAACAACCUGGAUUCUUUUUACUAUGUCAAAAUGAGUCGGCUGAUGUUUACACAACUACUGCUCUGUGGAUUUUUGUAUAUUCGGGUUAAUGGAUCCCGUCUUCGCCAGGAAGACUUUCCCCCGCGAAUUGUGGAGCAUCCUUCCGACGUCAUCGUCUCUAAGGGAGAGCCCACCACUUUGAAUUGUAAGGCAGAGGGCCGGCCCACUCCCACCAUUGAGUGGUACAAGGAUGGUGAGCGGGUGGAGACCGACAAGGAUGAUCCCCGGUCCCACAGGAUGCUUCUGCCCAGCGGGUCCUUAUUCUUCUUGCGCAUUGUGCAUGGACGCCGCAGUAAACCCGAUGAAGGAAGCUACGUUUGUGUUGCAAGGAACUAUCUUGGUGAAGCAGUGAGCCGAAAUGCGUCUCUGGAAGUGGCAUUGUUACGAGAUGACUUCCGGCAAAAUCCCACAGAUGUAGUAGUGGCAGCUGGAGAGCCCGCAAUUCUGGAGUGUCAGCCUCCCCGGGGACACCCAGAACCCACCAUCUACUGGAAAAAAGACAAAGUUCGAAUCGAUGACAAGGAAGAAAGAAUAAGUAUCCGUGGUGGAAAGCUGAUGAUCUCCAAUACCAGGAAAAGUGAUGCAGGGAUGUAUACCUGUGUUGGUACCAACAUGGUGGGAGAAAGAGACAGUGAUCCUGCAGAAUUGACUGUCUUUGAACGACCCACAUUUCUCAGGAGGCCAAUUAACCAGGUGGUGCUGGAGGAAGAAGCUGUAGAAUUUCGUUGUCAGGUCCAGGGAGAUCCUCAGCCAACUGUGCGGUGGAAAAAGGAUGAUGCAGACUUACCAAGAGGAAGGUAUGACAUCAAAGAUGACUAUACACUAAGAAUCAAAAAGGCCCUGAGUACAGAUGAAGGCACCUACAUGUGUAUUGCUGAAAAUCGUGUUGGAAAAGUGGAGGCCUCAGCUACCCUCACAGUGCGAGCUCGCCCUGUUGCUCCUCCACAAUUUGUGGUUAGGCCAAGAGAUCAGAUUGUUGCUCAAGGUCGAACAGUGACAUUUCCUUGUGAAACUAAAGGAAACCCACAGCCAGCUGUGUUUUGGCAGAAAGAAGGUAGCCAGAACCUGCUUUUUCCAAAUCAACCCCAGCAGCCCAAUAGUAGGUGUUCUGUGUCACCAACUGGAGACCUCACCAUCACCAACAUUCAGCGUUCAGACGGCGGGUACUAUAUCUGCCAGGCCCUGACUGUGGCAGGAAGCAUUUUAGCAAAAGCUCAACUGGAAGUUACUGAUGUUUUGACAGACAGACCUCCACCCAUAAUUCUACAAGGCCCAGCCAACCAAACAUUAGCAGUAGAUGGCACCGCAUUACUGAAAUGUAAAGCUACUGGAGAUCCUGUUCCUUUAAUUAGCUGGCUGAAGGAGGGAUUUACUUUUCUGGGUAGAGAUCCAAGAGCAACUAUACAAGAUCAAGGAACAUUGCAGAUAAAGAAUUUACGGAUUUCUGAUACUGGCACUUACACCUGUGUGGCUACUAGUUCAAGUGGGGAGACUUCCUGGAGUGCUGUGCUAGAUGUGACAGAAUCUGGAGCAACAAUCAGUAAAAAUUAUGAUUUAAAUGACCUGCCAGGGCCACCAUCCAAACCACAGGUCACUGAUGUUACUAAGAACAGUGUCACCUUGUCCUGGCAACCAGGUACCCCUGGUACCCUACCAGCAAGUGCAUAUAUCAUUGAGGCUUUCAGCCAAUCGGUGAGCAAUAGCUGGCAGACAGUGGCAAACCAUGUAAAGACCUCCCUCUACACAGUCAGAGGACUGCGGCCCAAUACAAUCUAUUUAUUCAUGGUCAGAGCUAUCAACCCCCAAGGUCUCAGUGACCCAAGCCCUAUGUCAGAUCCGGUGCGCACACAAGAUAUCAGUCCACCAGCACAAGGGGUGGACCACAGACAAGUCCAGAAGGAACUGGGAGAUGUAAUUGUCCGUCUUCAUACCCCAGUGGUGUUGACUCCCACCACUGUUCAAGUCACAUGGACGGUUGAUCGCCAGCCCCAAUUCAUCCAGGGUUACCGAGUGAUGUACCGUCAGACUUCAGGCCUACAGGCUUCAUCUACAUGGCAGAAUUUAGAUGCCAAGGUCCCAACUGAACGAAGUGCUGUCUUGGUCAAUCUGAAAAAGGGGGUGACUUAUGAAAUUAAGGUUCGGCCAUAUUUUAAUGAAUUCCAAGGAAUGGAUAGUGAAUCUAAAUCAGUCCGUACUACUGAAGAAGCUCCAAGUGCCCCUCCACAAUCUGUCACUGUGCUGACGGUUGGAAGCCACAAUAGCACAAGUAUUAGCGUUUCCUGGGAUCCUCCUCCUCCAGAUCAUCAGAAUGGAAUUAUCCAAGAAUAUAAGAUCUGGUGUCUGGGAAAUGAAACACGUUUCCAUAUCAACAAAACUGUGGAUGCAGCUAUCCGAUCUGUAAUAAUUGGUGGAUUAUUCCCAGGUAUUCAAUACCGGGUAGAGGUUGCAGCUAGUACCAGUGCAGGGGUUGGAGUAAAAAGUGAACCGCAGCCAAUAAUAAUUGGGGGGCGUAAUGAAGUUGUCAUUACUGAAAACAAUAACAGCAUAACUGAACAAAUCACUGAUGUUGUGAAGCAACCAGCCUUUAUAGCUGGUAUUGGUGGCGCCUGUUGGGUAAUUUUGAUGGGUUUUAGCAUCUGGUUGUAUUGGCGGAGAAAGAAGAGAAAGGGACUCAGUAAUUAUGCUGUUACAUUUCAAAGAGGAGAUGGAGGGUUAAUGAGCAAUGGAAGCCGUCCAGGUCUUCUAAAUGCUGGUGACCCCAGUUAUCCAUGGCUUGCUGAUUCAUGGCCAGCCACUAGCUUGCCUGUAAACAAUAGCAAUAGUGGCCCAAAUGAGAUUGCGAAUUUUGGGCGUGGAGAUGUGCUGCCACCAGUUCCAGGCCAAGGGGAUAAAACAGCAACGAUGCUUUCAGAUGGAGCCAUUUAUAGCAGCAUUGACUUCACUACCAAAACCACUUACAACAGUUCCAGCCAAAUAACACAGGCUACCCCAUAUGCCACGACACAGAUCUUGCAUUCCAAUAGCAUACAUGAAUUGGCUGUUGACCUACCUGAUCCCCAGUGGAAAAGUUCAAUUCAGCAAAAAACAGAUCUGAUGGGAUUUGGUUAUUCUCUACCUGAUCAAAACAAAGGUAACAAUGGUGGGAAAGGUGGAAAAAAGAAGAAAAAUAAAAACUCUUCUAAACAGCAGAAAAACAAUGGAUCAACCUGGGCCAAUGUUCCGCUACCUCCUCCCCCAGUCCAGCCCCUUCCUGGUACAGAGCUGGAACACUAUGCAGUGGAACAGCAAGAAAAUGGCUAUGACAGUGAUAGCUGGUGCCCUCCAUUGCCAGUACAAACGUACUUACACCAGGGCAUGGAAGAUGAAUUGGAAGAAGAUGAUGAUCGCGUCCCAACACCCCCAGUCCGAGGCGUGGCUUCUUCUCCUGCUAUUUCCUUUGGACAACAGUCUACUGCUACUCUCACUCCAUCCCCACGAGAGGAAAUGCAACCCAUGCUGCAGGCUCACCUGGAUGAGCUGACAAGGGCCUAUCAGUUUGAUAUAGCAAAGCAAACAUGGCACAUUCAAAGCAAUAAUCAACCACCACAGCCCCCGGUUCCACCAUUAGGUUACAUGUCCGGAGCCUUGAUUUCUGAUUUGGAAACAGAUGUUCCAGAUGAUGAUGCUGAUGACGAGGAGGAAGUUUUAGAAAUCCCCAGACCCCUGAGAGCACUGGAGCAGACACCUGGAUCCAGUAUGGACAAUCUAGACAGCUCUGUGACAGGUUCAAUGGUAAAUGGAUGGGGCUCUGCAUCUGAUGAGGAUCGUAACUUUUCUAGUCAUAGAUCUAGUGUAGGUAGCUCCUCAGAUGGCUCCAUCUUUGCCAGCGGCAGCUUUGCACAAGCACUGGUGGCAGCAGCAGAUAAAGCUGGUUUUAGGCUGGAUGGAACCAGCCUUACAAGAACAGGCAAAGCUUUUACCUCGUCUCAAAGGCCACGACCAACCAGCCCAUUUUCUACUGACAGUAAUACCAGUGCAGCCAUGAGUCAAAGUCAGAGGCCUAGGCCCACUAAAAAACACAAGAGCGGUCGAAUGGACCAGCAACCAGCAUUGCCUCAUCGAAGGGAGGGCAUGACAGAUGAUCUUCCACCACCACCAGACCCCCCUCCAGGUCAGGGUUUAAGGCAGCAAAUAGGCCCAAGCCACAAUGCUGAUAACGCGGAAAACUCAACAGAGAGAAAAGGAAGCUCUCUGGAGAGACAACAAGCAUCCAACUUAGAAGACACAAAGAGCUCAUUGGAUUGUCCAGCUAGAACAUCCCUAGAGUGGCAGCGACAAACCCAAGAAUGGAUAAACUCCACAGAACGCCAAGAAGAUAGACGGAAAGCCCUCCACAAACAAGGUGUCGGACCAGAGGAGACCUUGGUGCCCUAUAGCAAGCCCAGUUUCCCUUCCCCAGGCGGUCACAGCUCAUCAGGAACAGCUUCUUCAAAAGGAUCCACUGGACCUAGGAAAGCAGAGGCAUUGAGGGGCAACCACCAGCGCAAUGCCAGCGACCUUCUUGACAUAGGAUACAUGGGCUCCAAUAGUCAAGGACAGUUUACAGGUGAAUUAUAGUAACUGAGAGGAGACAUGCAAAGCUGCUCUGAAGGACCAGCAGGUCUGAACUCAUGGAAGUGAUGACACUAAACAGUGCAAUGAACAAUUUCUUUAUUUAUGUACUAUUACAAGAACUGUAAAUGCAAUGUAAAGACACACAGCCACACAUAUCCCACAGAUAUUUUACUUGUGUUCUUCUCUUAAGUACACCACCCACCUUAACUCUUUCUUGUCAGGAGUAUAUAAAAAAAGAAAGAAAACAAAGCUCACCCUCCAGGAAGAAAAGGAUUUUCCUCUGUAUAUAAUUUCUUUUGUGCAUUGCUAUGCAAGCUCACUCUUUUUAGCUCUGUUCAUAUUAUUGUCUGUUCUUAUUGGUCUGUUGUACUAUAUGUGUAUUAAUAGGCUGUGGUGCCAUAUAUUAACUUUUAAUUGUGUAACUUUUAUGUUUAAAUUUUGCACUGCAAUUUUAUUUGGUGAUAAGCACAAAUCUCUACUCCUCGUGACAUGAAGAAAAAGACUGAAUGUGAAGGGAGUUUCUGUACUGUAAGUUAGUUUGGAUAAUGCUGGUUGUAACCAGUCAUGUUAGAUGGUUUUCAGUUGGGGUGUAGAAAUAGGAAGAGGCAAAGGAACAGUGGUGUUGAAGAAGCCUUCUUUGAACAUCAAAGACUGAGUCAACAAAAAGAAGGGAGAGAAAGGUGGCUUUUACUAUUGACAAAAGCAAGGGUCAAAAGAAGAAAGUUUAAGUCUAAGACUGAAUAAGCAUUAAAAUUUACAGGUAGCAAAGAUGUACUAAACUUGCUAAAAAAUUAAAGAGAAAUUAAAGCUAUAUUGAUUCAACCUUACCUGUCAUUGUAAUUGACCCAUCUGAGAAUUACAAGCUAAAAGAAAUUGAAAUCAAGGUGUUUCACAAGAGCUGUAUUUAUAUUACAGAUUUUUAAAAAGCAUUUUCUGAAUUUCCAUAAUUAAUCUCUCCAACUCAUUAAGUCAGAAUAUAAUAUGAAGUUCCCCAAGGAAACAAACAAAAUGAACUCUAGAAUAUCUAGCAAAUAGUAAAGAGGCAAUUUAUUAUUAGGACAUACUCGGGCUGCUUCCAAAUAUAAGAAUUCUAUUACAAUAUCUUGUUUCAUCUUUCUAAUACAUGUACAGUACACACUAGAGGAUAGAGCUGCACCACUUCAGUUCAUGACUCUUAAAAAAUAAUGCUAUCUAGAUGCAAUUUUGUGUUUUAUUUGAUUAAGAAGUGACGUUUAUGCCACCAAAUAUAUAGCCAAAUUGUAAGUGCUUAAAAAAAAAGCAGUGCUCAGAGUAUGUUCAUUUCACAGUAAGUAGAUUUAUUGGAUUAAAUAUUUUAUGGUACAUUCUCAGAAAUUGGCUACCAACUAAAAUAUGUUUGACCCAUUUUGAAUGAGUAAAUUGAAAAGAAAAAUUUAAAGGAGAAAAAUGCAUGUUUAUACACUUUUUAAAUAAAACCAAACCUCGUAAGUGGACAUUAA